AUGCCAAGAAAGCAUAAAUCAAACAUGUAUAAAACGGAGGUUAAAAACAAAACCUCCUAUUUGACGAUGUUAGCAGAAUUCAUUAAGUUAUUUUUCGAUAUGAGUUCAAUCCAUGGCUUUCCACAUAUCUCGCAAGAUGGACGCCAUCCUAUAGAACGUGCCAUUUGGGUUGCCAUCGUAGCUGUAGCUGUAUAUGGGGCUGCUAUUUUAAGCACCUUAACGUUAACCAGUAAAGAAGUUGAAGGAAUUCAUGCACCGAUUAAACUAAUAAAGUUGAGAGGAUGGAAUAAUGGUAUUAUUAGCCCUAAAAUGACGACACAAUUACAAUCAACAGAUCUUUUUACCGUACAUCAGUCCAGUCAAAGGCCAGUUGUCCCGUGUUGCACACCAUCAUCAACAGAUGGACAGAUCGCUGCAGAUCGUCUCCAGGCUCAACAAAAAUACCGCGAGAAUCCAACAGUAAUAUCAAUGGAAAGAGACAGAUUUAGCUGGAACACUUCUUUCCCACCCGUAACCAUUUGCGCCGUAAAAAAGUACGAUCCUAUAGUACUAGAUGAUUACGUACAAAAAAAUGACAGUAUAAAAGACAAAGAACUUUUCAAAAAAUUUAUUAUCUCGUUAACGGAAGCUAGCUAUUUAAAUCUGGAAACAGUGGUAGACUACGAAGGAAUCCCUGGGGAAGAGUUUAUUAACUUAAUACAGCAGUUCAAAUUUCGCUUUCAAGUCACUGUUACCAAUUCUGCGGGACAGGAAAAAGCAGUGAGGAUUGAAGAGACGUAUACUGAAAUGGGUAUAUGUUAUUCUGUAAAUUCGCAUAUUGCUGUUUACAAUUCAUAUGAAUACUGGAGCAAUGGCAGCUGGAAAUUAUUACCAGAAAAAGACAUAUUUUACAUAAAUCCUUUAGAUGGGGAAGUAUUUGCAAACGUUAUCAAUAUAACAAGUGGAUAUCAGGUGUAUUUUAGUAUUUAUUUGAUUUGUAUAGUCGCGAUGGCGUCAAUGCCGAAACCUGGAAGAAUUCCUAAAUGUGCCCGUUGUAGAAAUCAUGGUAUGAUUUCGACACUAAGGGGCCACAAAAAGCAAUGUAUCUACAAGAACUGCAACUGCCAGAAAUGUGGAUUGAUCAAAGAAAGGCAGAGGAUUAUGGCCGCUCAAGUUACCUCACCGGAACCAGAAGCGUCAGCUGCUAAGAAUGAUUCCAGUAAUUCUGCAGAUUCUUCAAAUCAAGAUGAUAUAGAAGUUAGUCAAGCAUCAAUUGACAUGUUGGCUCAGUUGUUUCCAAACAAGAAAAGGAGUGUGCUGGAGUUAGUGCUUACACGAUGCAACCAUGACCUUCGAAAGGCAAUAGAACACGUCAACAUCAACAACAACCAAGACUCAACGGAUUCUCAACCUCCAAACGAGGAAUCCACCUCAGCUUUUCGGCCCGUCAACAACGCAAUGAAGUCCAGUAAACCAUACGUCGUGCCCCACUCUGGCAGUUUCUCAUUAAUUCCUAAUAAGACUUUUAGUUUAUAUCCUUUCUGGCCACUAUUUAAUUAUCAACUUCCACAGCCUAUACUACCCAGUCCAGUUUUGGUUCAGGGGAUUUGCGAGUGCGAUCAGUGCAGGGCUUCUACAAGAGUCAAUGUGGGUCCAGGUUGAGGUUUCAAGACAACAUAAAAAAUAAAAUUAUAGAAGUUAUUAUAGUUUUAAGUGUAGUGUAAGUGUAUUG